CGAUGGGGAACACGAUGAUACAGCGGCAUUUAAAAAAGCUUGGAAAUCAGCAUGUUCAUCUACUGCAAGAUCGGUUUCGUUUGAAGUUUCACAGGAUAAGAAGUAUCUUCUAAAACCAAUUUCAUUUUCAGGGCCAUGCAAAUCAGCUAUUACAUUUCAGAUCUAUGGAAGUAUUGAAGCAUCUGAUAAUCGGACAGACUACAAAAAGCAUCAAAGGCAUUGGCUACAGUUUCAAAGUGUCCAAAAUUUGAUGGUGGAAGGUGGCGGAACACUUGAUGGAAAUGGGAAAAUAUGGUGGCAAAAUUCUUGUAAAAUCAACAAAGCUCUUCCAUGCAAAGAUGCUCCCACGGCUUUGACCUUUUACAAGUGCAAAAGGUUGACGGUGAAAGACCUUAAAAUCCAAAAUGCACAACAGAUACAUGUCUCCUUCGAGAAGUGCACAAACGUUCGAGUUUCCAACGUUGCCGUAGCCGCGCCGGAGACCAGCCCUAACACCGACGGCAUCCACGUAACCGGCACAAAAAACAUUAACUUGACUGGCUGCACCAUCCGAACCGGUGAUGAUUGCAUUUCGAUUGUUAGUGGCGCCCGAAACAUUUUUGCAACAAAUAUUGCUUGUGGACCCGGGCACGGAAUUAGCAUUGGAAGCUUAGGAGCGGGAAAUUCGAAAGCUUACGUAUCUAAUGUUAUUGUGAACGGCGCAAAGCUCUCUAGGACUACAAAUGGAGUCCGGAUCAAGACGUGGCAGGGAGGUUCGGGAAGUGCAAGCAACAUCAAGUUUAAGAACAUAAAGAUGUAUGAUGUGAAGAACCCAAUUAUCAUCGACCAAAACUAUUGUGACCAAAACAAGCCUUGCAAAGAUAAUAAGAGAUCAAAUGUUCAAGUGAAAAAUGUGGUAUACGAGAACAUAUCUGGAACAAGCGCAACAGAAAUGGCGAUUGACUUUGAUUGUGACAAGAGACAUUCUUGCCGAGGAAUAAUAUUGCGCAAUGUCAAUUUGAAAAGGGAAGGAGGUGGAGAAGCAAAGGCUACAUGUAGAAAUGUACGCUUCAGCAAUAACAUUGCAAAUGAUAAUGUCUCACCACAAUGCCAGCUUGGAGAAGAUUAAGAUAUAUGCAGUAUUUAUUAGUCAAAUAAUAUUGUGAUGUCAUUUUAGAAGUAUAUAUUUAGUGUACAUCCAUAAAUGCACUUGUGAACUAUGGUUGAUAGAUUGUAAUUAGAUAUACAUACCACUCUACACAUAUUGUAUGCGAAUGUGAUAUUUGUACAGUACAUAAUUUAUUUGAUUGCAUUUGAAUAAAAAAUAAGGUUACUUGAAAUUUAUUUGAGUAGUGCAUA